AUGAAACUCUCCACCCUCGGCCGAAUCCUUCUGGGCACAACCGUCGCCCAGGCCGCCACUAUCAAUUACUCGACUGUCACUGGCUACUUCAUGCAAGAUGAAGAAUCGACCGAUGCUUCGAAAUUCGACUAUACAUCGGAGAACUUCGGCUUGAUCAACCGCACAUAUCCCGUGGAUAAUAAGCUCAAGGGUCACAAGUCCCUAACGCAAUGGGAGCGCUUCCAUCACCAGGUCACCCAAUUGAACGAUGAAGCCCCCAAUCACAUCGAGUACAAGGUCCUAUUCCUUGGUCGACACGGAGAAGGGUGGCAUAACACUGCAGAAUCGUACUACGGCACACCCGCCUGGAACUGCUACUGGGCCGAACUGGACGGCAACGGCACAGCAAGCUGGGUAGAUGCAACACUCACGCCAACCGGCGAAUCCCAAGCCCUCAAAGCAAACGCCUUUUGGCAAAAGCAGAUCCACGAACAACGAAUCCACACCCCAGAUCACUACUAUGUCAGCCCACUCACACGCACCCUGCAGACAGCCAACCUGACAUUCACGGGUCUGGUUCUGCCCAAGGGUAGCGCUCCCUUCAAACCUACCGUCAAAGAGCUCUUCCGCGAGGGAAUCAGCAUUCAUACAUGCGACCACCGCCGUAGCCGCAGUUAUAUCCAUGACUUGUUCCCGAACUGGCCGAUUGAAGAAGGCUUCAGUGAAGAAGAUGAGCUGUGGGAUGGCGUUACUGCUGAGUCUGCCGAUGCGCAAGAUGCAAGAAGUGCCCAGGCGCUGGGACAGGUUUUCUUUGCUUCGUCUGGUAAGAAGGAGGCGUUCGUUUCGGUCACGGCGCAUUCGGGGGAGAUCGCUUCUAUUCUGAGGGUUCUGAAGCAUCGCGAGUUUAGCUUGAACACGGGUGCUGUUAUCCCCGUGUUGGUUAAGGCGGAAAAGGUUGAGCAUGGGGCUUCGACUACCUCGUCUGUGCCUUGGACGGUCAGUCCGCAUUGUACGGAGCCGCCUGUCACAUCGGUUUCGGCUUGCGUUUGUCCUUCUAGUGCGGUGCCUGUUACAACGGUGCUGGCUACUGGGGUUUAG